CCCAUGUGCGUGUCGGUGCGACAAAUAAAGUACACAUAUAUUUCGAACACAGGUGAAUAAAUGUUCAGGUGAAGGAUAAUUUUCGCCGGUAAUCAUCGCCGUACGAGGAUAACAAGGAUCCCUCGAUUACGUACGAACUUUUAUACAUUGCGCUCGCGGCGAAUUUCGAUUUUUGAAAAAAAAAAAAAAAAGUGAAGUUGAAACUCUGAGAGAGAGAUUAACAUUCGGGGCGGCGUAAUCAUCGUCAUGAAAUUCCGACGAAUUCUGGCGCUCGCAGUUUUCACCCUCGUCGCCUGCGCGAUAACGAGGGUAAAAAGCAUCACCAUAGACAACCAACUCGUCAUCAUCGCCAACGAUUGCUACACGAGAAUCGCCAUCGGAUCGACACUCCCCGCCAAAGAUGUAUUCGGGAAUGCCAAGGCGGCGACCGUCACGGAAUGCGAGGACGAAUGUUCGCGGAAACGUAAUUCCUGCGAGACGUUCAGUUUCGGCAUCGGUCCCAAGGGGAACGCGAGUUGCGUUCUCGGUUCGCGAAUACCGAACGGCGACGAACUCCUACCGGAUUCGGACUACGACAUUUACAUACGUCAGCAGAGUUCGCCAAACUGCAUGCCGGAUCGCAUAUACAAAUUGGGAAGCGGCAAGAGAAAUCCGACGGAUUUCAACCCCCUCGCGUCCCGUUAUCCGACGAAAAAUCCCGUCGACGGCUACGACGUCCACGGCGACCGGGACAAGGAAGGCCCCGUCGCUGUCACCUCGAAGCCUCUUUCGACGGGUGGCGUGAUUCCGGGGCCCGGAGGUUUCGGGACCGUGACGAUCGACGGGCCCAACCCCGACGUCCGGGACCCCCACGAAAAGCCCCCCGGAUCCAACGGAUUUCCAAUAUUUACUCUGGAUCCGAACGCGGAGAAGAAUCAUCGCAACGAUUACGGCUCGCGGGAUCAUCGGCCGGGCUACCAGGUGACCGAGGUCACGCCUCAGUUCGGGUAUCCUGGCCCCCCGCCGUUCGACGAGGACAAUCCCAACGGACCUUACACCUACGCCAACAAAAUUCCUUACGGCGUUCAAAACUGGCAAUCUCAGGGGGGAUACGGUUCCCCGUCGAAUUUCGGAAAGCACAAGGACACCGGGAACCCGACGAAUCAUAUCUACGGGGCGGGUAACCACAACUUCUACGAAGGAGACGGAAAUCCGCACGGUCCAGGCGGGGGGGAUCGCGACUACUACGUCUACACCAUAGAGACCGGAAAUCGAUACGGGAUAAACGUCUACGAGGAGGCGCCGUCCCGAGGGAGCGCGAUGUCAUGUUAUCGGAAAUUAUUCGGGGGAAAAAGACUCGCGGAAAUUCACAUCAGGAGGGCCGUGGACUGCGAGCACAUCGAGGAAUGCGGUCGAGUUUGCGAUUCCGAAAAAGGUUUCUCCUGCGAAGGAUUCAAUUACAGACAUCCGGGAGGGUCGCGAAGUCCCAGUCGAGGUCGUAUCAAGUACGGGACGUGCGAACUGACCGCUAUGCCUCCGUCGCAGAUCGACGUCGCCCGCGAUAUCCUCAAUGAGCCCCGUUACGAUUACUACGAACGUGAUUUCGGCUGCCAAAGUGGCCGUCCGUUCCGCCCGUCCCCCUAUCCCCAAUCCACCGUUUGGACGAACAACGGGCAACCUGCUCAAAAUCCGUACGGAAAUCGGCGUUUUAAUCGUUACGGGGCCAACGAUUAUCCCCACGAACUCCCGAGACCCGUCGCACCCGCACCGGGGCACAGGCCUCCCGGAUCCGGGGAGAUUCCCCGGCCUUUGGGCCCCGCCGCGGACCAUCACCCCAGACUCCCGGAAUCUUACGACGAUUACGACAACGCGCGGAGGCGAAAUCCGGCCCACUGGGGACACGGGGUACCGGAGUAUCCUCGUCGUUUCCCGAUCGCCAAUUUAAAGCCCAUAGAAGACGACGUGAGAUUCGAAUACUUCGGACACCAGGGGAGGCCCUAUCUCCCGAAGGACCAAGGUAUACCGGAAUCGGAGGUGUACAACCGAAGGGUAAAUCAGAUCGAUCGUCGUCGCUACGGUUACAAUUACGACGAGCGUCGGCAUUACGGUAACACCGACGAUUUGGGAACCAACGAAAUCGGGACGUACGAUCCGCAACCGGGGAGAAGGGGAGACUCCGGUCUCUAUUCGGGUGGCUGGAAUCGCGGCACGGGUUACGCCGGAUCCCACGGUUACAACACCAAUUAUUUGGGCCAAGGUCACGAGGUGGUGAAAACGCAGGGAGGAUAUUUCGGACAGGGUGAUAAGAACCCCAAGCGUCCGUUCGUCCCCCAAAUCGGUGAGCCGAACAGAGGAGUUUACGACCACGGAGACGAUCGGAUUCCGGCGAUCGGCGGUAACGGAGAUCCCGGAUACUUCGUUCAGGGACCCCACGGGUACGGUGAGGAUACGUGCUCCGUGAGAUCCGGUGCGGGAUUCAAGCUCCGAAGAGGGAUAGUGACGAAGAGCUACCUGACGCCGACUCUCGAUCAUUGCGAGCAUCUUUGCGCCGCUGCGAGGGAACGGAUUUGCAUGACCUUCGGUUAUCGGUACACGGUGGCGGCGAGCGCGCCGACGGACAACUGUCACCUCAGCGAGAUAUCGUACAGGGAUUUGGACUUUUACAACGACAUAGAACCCGACCGAGAUUACGACAUUUAUUCAAUGACCGGAAGCGGCGGAUCCUGCGAUGCCGGAAGACCGGCGAAUCGGCGGCCGCCGGAAGAGUGCUUCUGGCGGGUGAGAAGCGGCUGCGGAAUACCACCGGAAGUGGUGCGGAAGUCGAUAUUCUCGCAAGGAAUAGGGGACUGCGAAUCGGAGUGCGUCGAAUCGCAGACCUUCACCUGCCGGAGUUUCGUCUACAGGUACGGCGAUCGUCACGUCCCGGCGGACGGAUUGCCUUCCGCCAAUUGUUUCCUGAGCGACUGGCCAUCCCAGGAAUUCGAUCCCCUUUCUCUUCCCGACCUGGAGGGGGCCGAGUUGUAUCAGAGAGGAAGUUUCGGUCGGGGAUGCGAACCGUCGCCGUUUCCGCCGUUGAAUCAACGCAGGAUAAUAAGACCCGAUCACGACGCGGGAAACUCGCGGGAUAGACCGAUGACGAGGGAUCACGUCUGUUACGCGGAGUAUAAAAAACCCUGCCGACUCACCCCGGACGCCGUGAUCCUGUCGAUUUACGUGCCAUCGGAAUUGCACUGCCGUCAGAGAUGCUCCGAAAUGCGAGAACGCGACGCGCUACCCUGCAUGUCCUGCAGUUACAGGAUGUCCAGCGAUCGGGAGGAGCACAACUGUUUUCUGAGCGACGUACCGCACCGUGAUCUCCGCCCGGGUUUGGACUACGUCCACGGCGACGGUUACCUGUUGUUCGCUUGGAAGGAUUUCGAGCCGCGAUGUUCGGCGGGCGAUUAUUCUAUCGGGAUAUAUUUUGGCGACGACGUGAUCGGCCCAGAUUUUCGUCCGAGUUAUCCUCACCAUCGACCGCAAACGCCACCGCUGGAUUACCCCGACCGAGGACAUGCUCAGGGAGCGUAUUCGCCUCAUCUCGAGCCACCGUUUUUCGGGGGACACGAUCAAGGAGGAACCGGAGGAUUCGAGGGGGGCCGUUAUCCCGACACGGAUAAUCGUGGACCAGGAGGCGGAUCCUACGGUCCAUCUGCGGGGUUCGGACCUCGUCCUGGAAGCGGGGCGAACGAGGGCGGUUUUUAUUCGGGACGUCCUUUCAACCCCGAUCGACCGGAUCCCCUGGGACCAUCAUACGGUGGUCCUGCGGGAGGAAAUCCAUAUCCCGAUACAGACAGCAGAUUCGGUAAUCGGUACCCCGAAGAUGAUUACUACAGUUUUUCACACAAACACGGGGGUUCGGCGUUCCGAUAUUUCACCGUAAACGGUCGUCCUUGUAAACGAGGAACAAAAUGCGAAAGGAACAAAGUCGCAGGAUUUUGGUCCUGCGAACCGGAAGGUGGGGAAUAUGGAACCUGGGAUUACUGCUGCGAGCCGAAACACCACUGUGGAUACUCUCAAGGAUAUCAAUACCCGUGGUGUUACGUAGGGCCGUCCGAGGACCAAUGGAGGCCUUGCAGCGACAAAUACUUUCCACAACGCCCCUCGAAUUCUCCUCCACAUCGUCCGUCCAGCGACAGAUACACCGAACAAGAGGAGGACAACGAAGCCUUCGGGGAAAUACCGAGACCUGGACUACUGCAACAAAAUGGCAGACAUUGGCCGGUCGCGUACCUCCACAGAGAAGCACCUCCGAAUGCCACGGAUUCAUUCGCUGCUGCCGACAGCAGGAGGAACCGCGAACUCAACGUCUCGUUGAACGACUCGAAAAAUACCAGCGACUCCGAAUCGAUUUUCAGAAGAGACAACAGAAACGCAGCCGGCAGUGGAAGGAUAUUCGAAAAAUAUGAAGCAGCCGAUUCAGAUCCGCGAGGUAAACUGAAUUCCAGGGGCGCGCCGAGUAAUCGUCCCGGUAAAAUCGAGAGGCUCACGAAAUCGGAGGAAGACAAAUCGAGUGAUAAGAAUUCGACGUAUCCGGAAAUAAUUACUCUCAAGGACCUCGAGGAUUCCAAGGAAACGACGGUAUCGUCCUGGGAGAGAACGAGGUUCGUUAAAUUACCGACGAUAUCCUCGAAUCGAUCCGAUAACUCUACCAACGACGGAUUUCAGGAUUAUUUCGAGGUGGUAACGGUCGACUGAUCCGAUACUUAUUUUAUUUAUUGAUCGUUUUUCAACAUUUUUUUAUACUUUGAACAUCUAACGAAUAAUCCGUGAACCUUGACACUUGCCAAAAUUACUGAUACGGUAUGUCGCAUAUCGGUCGACGAAUGUGAAAUAUUAUUUAAUUCUAUAUAUAAUUAUGCGUUUUCUAUAUUAUGACUGAUGCAUAUCUCAUUGUUAAUGAAAAAUAAAUAGUACUACACUACGAAAUAUCCCAAAA